AUGACUCCCAUCAUGCUGUUGGUGCAGCCUAGUCAGAGGCCGGAAGGCCGAACAUAUGCCGAGUAUGAAUCCGUGAAUGAAUGCAUGGAAGGCAUCUGUAAGAUGUUUGAAGAACACCUGAAGCGAAUGAACCCCCUCAGCCAGUCCAUCACGUAUGGCGUCAGUCAGUUGUUUGAGUUUAUCGACCGUCUGGUGGACCUCAGCUGCCUGGUGCUCCGAGAAGAUACUCAGACCUACAAGUCGUACACCCGAGAGUGGAUCAAAGAGAGGAUCUAUGUGCUCCUUACUCAGCAGGCACAACCAGCUGGGUCAUAG